AUGGAUUCCUCAAAGCCCGCGCUCGAUCUGGAGAGGGAGUUGACGUGCUCUAUAUGCACCGAGCUCCUUUACCAGCCUCUGACUCUGCUCGAUUGUCUACACACGUAUUGCGGUGCCUGCUUGAAGGACUGGUUUUCUUUCCAAGCGCAGCAGGCCGAAAACUCACCGACCCCGCCCGCACCAGGGACAAACAUCUUCACCUGCCCGUCAUGUCGUGCGCAGGUUCGCGAUACGAGGCACAAUGCCACCGUCGCCACUCUCCUCGACAUGUUUGUGGCUGCGAACCCGGACAGGAGGAGAUCUGAAUCCGACGUGGCGGAAAUGGUGAAGAAGUACAAGCCAGGUGAUCAGGUGCUGCCAGAAGUUAAGAUUCCCGAGAGAACGCCGGAAGAGAGGCGCGCAGACGAGGAAGAAAGGAGGUUACUGGAAGAUGUGCGGGAGAUGAGCCUCAGAGACGCCGGAGUAGACUCUUCCUCGGGACAUCGACAUCGACGGCGUAGAGAGGACAGCAGCUCUGCCGAUGGACGAACCAGACGGAGCCGGGACCACAGUCGGGACAGCCGCCACAUUCACAGACAUGAGGGCAGUCGGAGACCGCGGGACGACGAAGGGAGGCCUACUGGGGACCAGCUGCAGCCGGAUUCGAGGUCGGGCGAGCAAAGGAGACAGCGAAGGAGUGAGUCGAGACAGCGUGCCCAGGAGUCAUCCGACAUGAGGCGUCGGCAAAUCGAGCACCAGUCGUCACUCAGAUCACUCAUAAGCUCGAGCGAUUUGAGCGAGCGCGACGUGCAGAAGGAAAUUGAGGAUUUUGCUAGACAAAUCCAGGAAGAGGGCUUGUUGGAUGGGCUCGAUCUGGACAACAUCGACCUGAGCCGGAACGAUGAGCUGAGUCGGAAGAUUACAGAAGCUUACAGACGACGGCAACGGGAGCGGGAGCGAGAACGAGAGCGCACCAGGGCCGAAGGAACGAGAAGAAGGGACACCAGUGGCCAGUCCAGGCACUCUCCAGAUCGUGUGCAGGAGAUCAGGUCAAGUGCAUCAGACACAAGCAGGCCCAGUAGCAGGCAACGACCGCACUCAAGGUCAACUAGUGCAACUGGGUUCCCCGACGAUCGCAGCCGGCCGCCACUCUCACAGAGCGCCCUGCAUCUUGAAGUUCGACCAGAGGAGAGGCGGCGACGGAGGCGAACCUCGAGCGGCGGCCGCAGCGCGACGACACCCCUCCCAGCAACGCAGUCCGAGACCCGCGUCGCCACUCGAUCGCAGACCGAUCUGUCGUCACGAACACAUUUUGGUGAAGCAGUCGCCCCGAGAACCGUCUUCACCGAGGCGAGAAGCUCGAGCACGCCAUCAGUACCUACCACGACGCAGUCGCCGACGACCACCACUUCGCCAGCACCGCGCGAGCUGACCUUUGCCAACCGCAUGACGAAUUCUUCUGCGUUGGUGUCUUCCAACUUUGCCGCGUCUCCGCCCAUAGAGCCGUUGUCGCCUCGGCUGCAGCGGCCAAACCGGCCGGCAGACUUGUCCAUCAUCAGCCAAGCAACUUCAGGCCCUGUCGGGCUAGGCUUGGGUUUGGGGAUAGGGAGUCCGACCACCCCCGGCCAUCAACGAACACGCUCGCAAUUGUACCCGGAGCCCUCGAUUACGUGUUCCCGCUGCGCAAAGCAGCAUAUCGAGUACGAGCUACACUACAACUGCGGCAUCUGCGCCAGCGGAAAUUGGAACAUCUGCAUCGACUGCUACAGGUCCGGCAAAGGCUGCUUGCACUGGUUUGGCUUCGGGUACGGAGCGUGGGCCAAGUGGGAAAAGGCUCGGCACACGGCACACGAGGACAUACCCAGACCUCACAUGCUGACGGCGAAUCGUUACCUCCAGCCAAAGAUCAUCCCGGGUGGAGCGGAAGGCAGGCGAACUCUCACGACCGACGAUCCGAUGAAGCGGUUGGAAAGCGGCAACUUCUGUGCUCGAUGCCAGGCCUGGGCGAACGAGUGCUUCUGGCGAUGCGACUUUUGCAACUUUGGCGACUGGGGGUUUUGCAAUAAUUGCGUGAACCAGGGACGAUCGUGCACACAUCCGCUUCUGCCUCUGACGUACCAGCCUCAGCCAUCACACACGCCACCUGCCAGUCCCAGGUCGCCUCAGCCGCCUCACGCGGCCGCUGUGCUGACGGGGCCUAACAUUCACAAUAUUGGCCCCUUUAAGCCCCUGACGUUUACGACGCGCUGUGACGUCUGCCAGGACCCUAUCUCUCCCAACCACAGCCGAUAUCACUGCUUCACUUGUACCAGCUCAAUCGAGCCGGACACGCAACCUGGCGACUACGAUGUAUGCACAAAUUGUUACGCCAAUCUUGAAGCGCGUGAUCAAAUCAGUCCCGAGAACGGGCACGCGGGCUGGCGCCGGUGUCUCAACGGCCAUCGCAUGAUCGUGAUCGGCUUCCGCGACGGGCCGGGUGGGCAGCUGCGGCACAUACUAUCCGACCUCGUAGGCGGCCGCAAUCUCCGCAUCACGCAGUCGGAUGGCACCGACGACCAGGCCCCGCAGAAGUGGUGGUGGCACGAGGGCGGGCAGACGAGGGAGCGCUUCGUCACCAGGGACGUUGCGGCGGACGCCCCGACAGGCGAGGGUCUCGCGCAGGGGUUCCCCGCGGACGGCGGCGUCGGGAUGAGGGCGACAGCGACGUGGGCGUGGUAUCCCAAGGCCGAGGACGAGCUGUUGUUCCCCAAGGGGGCCGAGAUCCGGGAGAUUGAGGACGUGAACGGGGACUGGUUCUUUGGGGUGUACAUGGGCGCGAAGGGACUGUUCCCAUCGCCAAAGCCCAACAUGAGCCGCAUCGCCGUCCGUCGCUUUGCGACGACGGCCGUCCGCGCCAUUGACCCGCCGACGGCUUACUCCCUCAACCUCUCCCGCGCGCAAGGCGUCGUCAAGGGCCUCACCGGCGCAAUCGGCAACACCCCUCUCAUCCGCCUCAACCGCCUCUCCGCCGAAACAGGCUGCGAAGUCCUCGGCAAGGCAGAAUUCAUGAACCCAGGCGGCUCCGUCAAGGAUCGCGCCGCCCUCUACGUCGUCAAAGACGCCGAGGAGCGCGGCCUCCUGAAGCCAGGCGGCACCGUCGUCGAGGGCACCGCGGGGAACACGGGCAUCGGCCUCGCCCACGUCUGCCGCUCCCGCGGCUACAAGCUCGUCAUCUACAUGCCAAACACCCAGUCCCAGGGCAAGAUCGACCUCCUGCGGCUGCUCGGCGCGGAAGUCUACCCCGUCCCCGCCGUGGCGUUCGAGAACCCGGAGAACUACAACCACCAGGCGCGCCGCCACGCCGAGAAGCUCGACAACGCCGUGUGGACGAACCAGUUCGACAACACGGCCAACCGCCGCGCGCACAUCGAGACCACCGGCCCCGAGAUCUGGGAGCAGACGGGGGGGAAGAUCGACGCCUUCACCUGCGCGACGGGCACCGCCGGAACCCUGGCCGGCACGACGCGCUACCUAAAAGACAUCUCCAACGGCCGCGUGAAAUCCUUCCUCGCCGACCCCCCCGGCAGCGUGCUGCACUCGUACGUCUCCUCGGGAGGGCAGCUCGUCGAGCGGAGCGGGUCCAGCAUCACCGAGGGCAUCGGCCAGGGCCGCAUCACGGACAACCUGCAGCCCGACAUUGGCCUCGUCGACGGGUCGCUGACGAUCGCCGACGAGAAGAGCAUCGAGAUGGUGUACCGCUGCCUCGACGAGGAAGGGCUGUACCUCGGCGCCAGCUCGGCGCUCAACGUCGUCGCCGCCAAGGAGGUGGCGGAGAAGCUCGGCAAGGGGAACACCGUUGUGACGAUCCUGUGCGAUGGCGCGUAUCGGUAUGCGGAGCGGCUGUUCUCGCGCAAGUGGCUUGAGGAGAAGAAGCUCUUGGGGGCGAUACCGAAGCAUUUGGAAAAGUACAUUGUUUUGCCUUAA